UUCUUGGCUUUUUAAAAGAGAGGCGGAAAAUCUCGCUUCUUGCGCCAAUUUGUAUCGAGCGGAUCGAUGAAGCGAACUCAAAACCGUGGACAAAGACAGAGCAUAUGGAAGCGAACGACACGCCAUGUCAGCAAGUUGCUGAACUACAAAGGGAAUACGAGCGACUCUCUUUGGAGAAACACCAGUACCUUCAGACCUUAAACAACAGUGAAGCGUUGAAAUUGCAACUACGCGAAACUCGAAAAGAUGCUAAGCAUUUAUCAAAACAGAAGAAGAAAUUGCAAGCCAUGACGGAUAUUGGGAAGUCGAGCGAAGAGACAUCAGAACAGCCUCCUGAAGACCGGAAUCCUCGACCAGAAAAUCGCUUUGCUCUAGAGCCGAUUCACAUUGCACCGGAAGAAACAUUUCUUUCUCGAGAACAAACAUACUCUCUUCCAUCACAAGAAAGUUUCUCUCCUCCGUCAUCCCCACAGGAUUCAGAAAUGAAUGGUCACAUCUCCCCAGUCCUCCCUAGUUCUAACGGGUCUGCUAAGGUUGAAAAGUCCCCCGAUUGGGGCACCCUGGAUGCCAAAACUGAAGCUAACGCUUUAAGGAUUGAAAACCGAGAUUUGGUCAGGAUGAAGAGGAAACUGGAAGAACAGGUUCGAAACCUGUUUCAGGAGGUUGCUACUGUGGGAACGAGAUGUAAAGAACUUGAGAGUAUUGCUCAGCGCCUUGAAGCCGAAAACCGACGCCUUUCUCAUCAAUUGGGUCUUGCACAUAGCAGUGUGCAGAGAGGUCAUCAGUAUGGUCCAAAUGAAGAAGUCCAACUGUUGAGAGCGCAGCUGAAAUUGUAUGAGGAUGAUUUCAAGAAAGAGCGAUUGGAAAAAGAACAGUUGAUCACUCAAAAAGAACGCCUCAAGAGAGAGCUGAGCGACUCCAACGCAACUGUUGCUGGUCUGCAACGUCAGCUAAAACAGGCUCUCAAUGGCGAGGGUGGAUAUGGUGAUCCACGUGGUGCACGAAUGCCAAUCAUGAGCGAGCCCUACGUCGAUCCCUACACUCUGAGGCACCCUUUGGAUUAUGGGAUGACUCGUACGUACUCGGGAGGAUACAUUGGUCCCGGAGCAAGCAAUACUGUGCUUCGACGUGGACAGACACCGUACGUCAAGAAGGCGUUCCUGUCACCAGACAUGACAGCCGUCAUAGAUCGUGACGUUGUAGAUGGUCCACGCACGGGACCCCCAAAAAGCAUUUAGCAAGGAGUUAACCUUGUUUAGAGUUUUCCUUGCCGGCUUGCUUUAUUUACAAGCUCCAUAACAUGCGCAAUUCAUCACGUAACAAAUUGAUCAUAUUUCAUCAGUUCUUGGAGCGAAUUGUGGGAGAGGGUUUAUUUCGCGGGUGUUUUUCGAACAUUUGCGAAUUGGGUUCGUUGUGUCGAGAUUCUAACUAAAUUAAGGGAAGAGUGUUUGUAAUGAUAUGUGAUAAACAUGAGUGUAUUCAAACUAAUCCGUGCUUUUUUUUUCAUCUCAAUUAUAUCUUAUAAAGCUAUUUUCCCAUUUAUGAUAACCUUAAUAAUACUCUUUUUUUUUAAUUCAGUUGUAAGCAUUGGGGUGACAUUAUGUCUCAAUUCUUUCAUUCAUCGCCACUCGUUAGUCAAGAUUCGUUUUAUUUUUUUCUGUUAGAAAAAUUGGAAACGUUCCCCAGUUGUUUAACACUCUGUUUUUUUCUCCCCAUUACGACAUUGUCUCUGUGAAGUUAUUUUCUCCCUGGAAGUAAAUUCGUUUUAAAAAGAGACCUGUUGAUUAAGUUUCAAUAAAUUGUCUAAACUGAGUUUUUGUAGAGCACGCAGGUCCAUAAGAUGUUUUUUCCUAAAAUUUAACAAAGCUUUUCGCCGCAAUUAUUUUUAGUUUCAUGAUUUUAAGUAGCUGCUAGCUUCCUAUAAAUUCCCAUAAAUUCUUUGUCUAAGAGAUUAAGAAAGCGCAUGCUUAACGUUGAGUUACCUGUGGCUACAAACAUGGCUUGCUUGCAGAAGUCGAUCGAGGCAAGAUUAAUCGUUUCAAAACUUAGAUGAACGUGGCAUCCAAGCGUUUCUAAACAAGCUUUCAAUGAGCCAGAGGUUGAGCGUUAAGUUUUUAUAUGGAAGACACCUUACCGCUAUACAAUAAAAUCUUGCCUGGGUUAUAUAUCUAGCAAUCACUGUGGACAACAAUUUUCCACUUUUCAUUUACCUCAAAAAGUGAGUGUUUAUUUUAAAGAAGCCAAAAAAAUUAAUAAAAUUUCUCAAAAUGUCA